GAAAGUUUGUCUAGAAGAUCAUGUGAAAGAGAAUAACAUGGAGUAGUGCUGGAAAGAUAUGUAUGUAUAUCUGUCAAUGGCCUUUCUCAGAUUUCCUCUUGGUCAGCUUCCAUCUCUGUACUGAGCACUGGGAAGCACCCCUCGUUAAGGUGGAACAGUACCUGUGAUUCAAGCUGAAGAGGAGGUCUGAAAGAGCAUUUCUGCCUUCAGUAACCCGUGGGAAGGGGACAUCCAAAGGAAGGCACUAUGACGGAAUGGGGAAAGUCCCCUGAAGAAGGAGACGUGGGUGAAGAUGAGCUCUCAUUCCUGUCUAUUCCUUUUCCCCAAGGCAGGGACUUUUUCAUAGAGUGUUACCAGGGUGGGAGCAGUUAACUGCCUCAGGGAGUCUCUUGAGUCUACAGAUGCCACGGUCCCAUCUCCAUCCUUCCAUUCCCCAGCCCCGGGGCUGGGGAGCUCAGAAAGCAGCCUGUGUCCUGCUGAGCCUCUGUAUGGCCGCUGUGUAUAUACUUGGGGAAUCUGCUGCCUUCACUCUCCAGUGGCUGCUGUUCUACUUCACCACAGUACAAGUGGGGCUGCUGCUGAAGGGGGCUUACUGCCUGGCCGAGGAACUCUAUCACAUUCAAUCCAGGCACCAAGGUAGUUAUUGGCAGGCAAUACAAGCCUGUAUCCACUACCCAUUCCAGCGGAUCUCUCUGUUGCUGCUCUCGGGAUAUUUCUAUGUUACUCUCUCUAAUAAGCCAAACCCAUCACUCACCUGGACUUUUGCCUUGUUGGGCCUUUCUCACGCCCUGAGCUUCAUCCUAGGACUCCAGAACUUGACGUCAGCUGAGAUCUCUGAAGUCUGUGAAAAGAGACAUCUCAAUGUGGCCCAUGGACUGGCCUGGUCAUAUUAUAUCGGGUACUUGAAGCUGAUCCUGCCUGGGCUCCAGACUCGAAUCCAAAUUUAUAAUCAGUUCAACAAGGACGUCUUGAGGAGUCCUGAGGGCCAUCGGCUCCACAUCCUCAUCCCUCUGGAUUGCUCGGUCCCUGACAACCUGAGUCAGGCUGAUCCUAAUAUUCAAUUCCUUCAAGAACUACCUCAGCACAAACUUGACCGGGCAGGUAUUAAAGGCAGGAUCUAUACCAACAGCAUCUAUAAAAUCUCGGAAGAUGGGCAGCCGGCAGAAGUCUGUGUCCUGGAGUUUGCCACCCCAUUGCAGACCCUAUUUGCCAUGUCCCAGGAUGCUCGGGCUGGCUUUAGCCGGGAGGACCGCCUGGAGCAAGCCAAACUUUUCUGCCGGACCCUGGAAGACAUCCUUGAGGAUGCCCCAGAGGCUCGAGACUGCUGCCGCCUGGUUGUGUACCAAGAACCUGAGGAUAAAGCUGUAAGCAACUUCUCCUUGUCUAAAGAGAUUCUUCGUCACCUGCGUCAGGAACGGCAAGAAGAGUUUGCUAUAGGGCCUAAAAGGGCUAUGACUGUGACCACAUCCUCCACCUUGUCCCAGGAGCCUCAACUUCUCAUCAGUGGAAUGGAGCAACCACUCUCCCUCCGUACUGAUGGUUUCUAAGCAACUACCUUCUCCCCCAACUUAUAACUUGGAGUAAGGCCAGGAAUCAAAAGGACCUUCUGCCCCCAAACCCAAGAGACCCUGAUCCUGGUCCUCUUGUCAGUCCACCGGCUCUAGGCAGGCACUUUCAACCACUGGAUCCCUGGGAAUGCUGCUGACCCCUCUGACCUUUUACUGAGAACAAUUUGGAACAAAAAUAUCCCUGCUAGACUUUUGUUCAUCCUCCCCAUCCUUAAUUCUGGGACCUGGAACUGCUACACCUGGGCUUCUUUACCUUUUCUGUAUUCUGUACCCCUUUGGCAGUGUGGUAAGCCUAUGAACUCCCUUCUUAAAAUGCAUAAAAUAAAACAUACAGGUUUAUACCAAUUAUACCCAAAUAUAGUUUUAAAAUAUUUUCAAAAUCAAAUCCAUAUAUUAAGAAGCCUUAUACUAGAGAGUUUGCCAGGCAAACAUCCCUCUCUCUUUUCUGUUGCUGUCUUAAAUAAGGAUAGGUACUCAGUGAUACGUACUCAGUGACAGGUACUCAGAGACCAAGUAGUUACGAGAUGCAAGGUAAUGUACCACAGAGAGCCAAACAGUCCUCUUCUUUCUUUUCAGGAGGGUCAUGCAGCUGACCUCUAGUAAAUUUCAUAUAUAUAUAUAUAUAUUAGCAGUACUUUGUUUUUAUUUGAAUUUUUUCUUUCUGGGGAAAACAUGUAUUUUACAGUAUUAGUAAAUAUGACAAUACGAUUAUAUCAAUUUGUGAACUCAGUAUAUUCUGGAAUGUUGGAAUACUAUCAUACCCAGUGUAAUAUGCAACAAUAGCAAAAGAGAGAAGAAUACAUUAGAUUAGGACAUUUUAUGUUUAAAAAUACUCAUUGCAGUAGCUUUUGAAAUUUUAUUUCAACUUUUUUCUGAGAUUUUAUUAAAUCAAGUCAUUGAACUUGGUCAUUUUGUUACUACAGAAAAACAAGGGCAUUUUAUUAUUGUAAAAUCUUUCAUUUCUGAUUUUAGUUGAUUAUCUUAUUCUUCUCCUCUUUUGUUAAGUUUUCAUGUGGAAAAAAUGUUUAAAACAUUUUGGAGCACAUUUCUUCGUUUUCACAGUGAGAAAUAUAAAAAAAUAAAUGUCUAUGACAUCAGGCCUACUUUUCUAUUUUCAUCAUCAGAAAAAUCUUAAUACUUCUAAAGAAAAUAAAUUAGGCACAACAAUUACAACACAAUAUUUUUAAAAUUGAGAGUGUUCAUUUUUGAUGUCUUUAGGAAGAUAUGUGAAUAGUGAAUCAACGCACUGCAUUUCGGACUAAUAUUUGACAACCAACUUUGAGCCCCUUACUAGGGUCAUACAAUUAACAAGUAUCCUAUCUAUAUCUAGACACAGGCCAGUUGUUUCUCAGUCUAGUGAUCUCUCCACUAUGCCAUUGUGGGGGACAUAUGAAGCAUCCCAUCAUCUCCUUUAUUCUAGUUGGCAGUGGAUUGGCUCAUUUAUCAACCUUCCCACCCCCACUGUAUGCCCUUGCAAAUCUAAUUUUUCUAUAACACUACUACUUACUGGGCCCUCUUUGAACACUAGGAUUAAUUCUGCCUAAGUGUCUUUGUUCACACUACUCUUCCUUUUGUAAUGGCUCAGUUCUCAGGACCUCCAUGAGACCUUCUCUCCCACUGUUCUAAUCUGUAAGCAUCUUGAGGACAGGGAUACAUUUCCCAGCACUUAGCACAGAGUGGCUGCUCAGUGUUUAUCGACAACUCCACAGAAUGGGCUUUAGGAGAGAACUUGGAGGGAAUAGAAGGAAGAGACCUUUCAAAAAUAAUGUCUCCUUGUCUUUUCCUUUUGCCCCUUUAGCAUCUUAUCCAGUUCAUCUGCUGUCCUCUCCUAGGUUCAGAGCUUCCUCUACUUCUUCCAGCAAGGGACCCCUCCCCAUUCACACCUAUAACAGGGCUUUUCUUUUUCCUUUUCUGGGGAACUUUUAUAAUGGAUCUGUAUGCUCUGAGGGAGAGGGUCAAAGGCUGGCCUGCUGGACUCCUGGCAAAGGUCUUGUGUGUUUGUGUGUGUUGUACAUAACAAGACACAGAGGGACAAUAAUCAAACUCUUCUAAUCUUUUUUCCCCUUUGCUGAAAAGGGAAGGGUAGUGGUCAAUCCUGGCUUCUUAUACAUAACUCUGGGGCCUCUUGGUGUGGAGGGAUUUUUAAGUGUUUAGCAAUAUCUAGGAGAUUUGUUUUGAUGACCUUUAUAAAAGUAGAGUUGAAUAGGAAGUAUUGGUUCUAAGAGGAUGGAGGAGAAAGGGAAAUGGAUAUUUUCCUUUCAUUCAUGGUUCAAUGUUAAAAACAAGCUGCCAAUGUCAACUCUAAUAGGUCUGGGAAAGGUAGGACUUAAGUGGA